AUGCCUGUUAAGAAUGUAUCUAAUGGUGAAUUAAAAAAAGAAUUAGAACGAGCAGGUGAAAAACUAGUAUUUAUUGAUUUUUUUGCAACAUGGUGUGGUCCUUGUAAAAAAGUUGCACCAGCUAUUGAUACAUUAAGUGAAUCUCAUCCUAAUGCUAUUUUUCUUAAAGUUGAUGUUGAUGAAUGUGAAACAGAAGCUCAACAAUAUAAGAUUGAGGCAAUGCCAACAUUUGUAUUUAUUCGUAGUUCAAAAGAAUUAGAACGUAUACGUGGUGCUGAUAUAGAUGCAAUUAAGAAAACACUUGCUAAACACUAUAAGGAAACAUCAGCAUUCGGUGGUGAAGGUCAUUCAAUGUUAGAUUCAAAAACAACAGAAACUGCAUCUUCGAAAGCAACAGUUGAAUCGGAUCGUGAACGUUUCGAAAAAGUAGCUGAAGAACGUUUCGGUACUAGUAAAGAAGGUGAAACAAUGACAACACUUCGUCUUCGUUUACCUGAUAUAUCGAGUCCAAUUUCAAUUCGAUUGAGUACUGAACGAACAUUAAAUGAUAUUCGUCAUUUAAUUUGUGAAACAAUCACAUUAUUUGAAACAACACCAUUCGAAUUUAUGGAACCACCAGCAAUCAAAAUAAAAUUAGAUGAUGAAAAUAAAACAAUAAAAGAAGCAAAAUUAAUGAAUGCUGUUUUAAUAAUUAAAAAAGUUUAA